UUUGUCGGCAACAAUUUUCAUAUCAAUUUAUCAUCAUGCAAGUAAACCAUGAUUGACGCUAGGCAUCUUUUAGAGAAUAGAGAUUAUUAAUGACCAACACACUUCCUGAAUCCCGAUCGGUUUCUCGCAUGGUCCGCAAAAUGAUGUGCGGUGGUCCGCAGCUGCGGUGAUAGCUUCCCCUAUGACAUAAAUAUCAAUUGAUAACUACUACAGCAUCAAUCCGUAUUCCUACAUGGAAUAUAAAUAGGCUCGCCGGGACAGCUCCUCCUCAAUCAUACACCUUCAUAAAACAUCAUCACCCCUUCUCCUUAAUUUUCCAAAACUCAGUUUCAUCAUCAACAAUGACGCCAACAACAACGCGCCACUGGGUCCUAUCCCAAAAAUCCGUUGGCCGCCCUGUAAUUUCCGGGUCCAACUCCAUCUUCCAACUCAUCACCAAACCCAUCCCCCCGUUAGAAUCGUCCGACGUCCUCCUCAAAGUCCUCUAUUUCUCGAACGACCCGGCCCAACGCCUCUGGAUCCACGCCAACAUAUCGCCUGCACGUCUCUACACGACGCCCGUGGAGGUCGGCGAGACGAUGCGCUCCUACAGCUCCAUUGCAGAGGUUGUUGAAUCAAAGUCUGAGCUGUUGCAGGUGGGCGAUCUGGUGUCCUGUGGGACUGGGUGGUGCGAGUACGCCGUCGUGCCGGCGGCAGAGUGCAUGGUGCUUCCGAAAAUACCGAAUGUGUCGCCAACACACUUCUCAGGUGUGUUCGGAGUGGCCGGGGUGACGGCGUAUUACGGUCUUGUCGACACCGUGCAGGUUGGGCCCAAUGAUGCGGUUGUGAUUAGUGGUGCGGCCGGGGCAGUUGGGUCUGCGGCGGUACAAAUCGCGAAGCAUGUGCUAGGGUGCAAGAAGGUAGUUGGGAUUGCAGGGACGGAUGAGAAGUGUCGAUGGGUGGAAUCGUUGGGUGCGGAUGUGUGCUUGAAUUACAAGAGUGAAGGGUUUCAGGAGGCGCUGGCUCGGGCGACGGAGCCGUUUGUGGAGGUGUAUUUUGAUAAUGUGGGUGGGGAGGUGUUGGAUUUGAUGCUCAAGAGGCUUGCAAAGGACGGGAGGGUGGCGGCGUGUGGUGCGAUGGCGGAUUAUAAUACUCAUGGCGAGGGGAGGAAGGGGAUUAUGAAUUGGUAUGAUGUUAUUGCUAUGAGGUUGAGUAUUAGGGGGUUGGUGGUGACGGAUGCGACGCCGGCGAGAUGGGCGGAGAUUACGAAUGCGCUGAUUCAGGGGUAUGGGGAGGGCAAGAUAAAACUGACGGAGGAGGGUCAGACGAUUGUGGAGGCGAGGUUUGAGGAUGUGCCGAAGACAUGGAUGAGGCUUUUUGAUGGGCAGUCUAUGGGGAAGUUGUUGACAAAGCUGGUGUAGUCAUAUAUCAAUUGAUGUAUAGUGAUAUUCACAUCGAGCGCUUUAGGCUGUUCAGAUAUCA